UCGCUUUUGACCCCGCACUUCUAACUUAAAUUGUGCGUGUGUAAUGAGACCAAUAUACGUGCUCUAAAAGAAUAUAAUAAUAAGAAUGUGUAUUUUUUUUUUUUUUUUUUUCACUUUAUCCUUAAUUUAAUUUAUCUCAUCAACACGUCAAUUAAACUGUCAACUGUUAUUGGCUUGGGUUAAAAAAAAAAAAAAAAAAAAUCAAUUAAACUGUAACUGUUAUUGGCUUAAAAUGAUUGCAGGGAUAUUCAAAAUAAUGGUGGAGUACGGCAAGACCUAUCUUCUUCGCAUGGUGAAUUCGAUAUUGAAUGAGGAAAUGUUCUUGAUGCUUGCAAAUCACACCCUCACUGUUGUUGGGAUUGACGGAGCUUAUGUCAAACCCAUAGUUACAGACUAUAUCAUGAUAACGCCGGGACAGACCAUGGACAUUCUGAUGACAGCAAAUAACACCCCAGGCCAAUAUUACAUGGCGUCGAGAGCCUACGGAGAAACAGCUUAUGACAACACCACAACCACUGCCAUACUUGAAUACGAAGGCAACUAUACAGUUCCAUCAACGCUUCCAUUCCCGGACCUUCCCGAAUUUGAAGACAUUGAUGCUGUAACUAAUUUUACGAACCAAAUCAAGGCUCUGGCCAGCAGUGAGCACCCAGUAGACGUCCCACAAUCAAUCGACAAACGUCUCAUUAUAACUAUUUCUAUGAACACACUGCCGUGUACUGAGAGUACGUGUACCGGUGCUACCAGGCUCGCGUCGAGUUUGAACAAUGUUAGUUUUCAGGAACCAGCCAUGGAUAUAUUGCAAGCUUACUACCGACAGAUAGGAGGGGUGUUUACCACAGAUUUUCCGAGUGAGCCGCCUUAUGUUUUCAAUUAUACGGCGGAUUCUGUGCCGGAUAAUUAUACGACGCCGGACACGGGAACGAAGGUGAAAGUUUUGGAAUAUAAUACGAGUGUGGAGAUAGUGUUCCAGGGGACUAAUGUGAUGGGGGUAGCUGAGAAUCAUCCAAUGCAUCAGCAUGGGUAUAGCUUUUAUGUAGUGGGAAUGGGGUUUGGAAAUUUCGACAAUGAGACUGACCCGGCGGGAUAUAAUUUGGUUGAUCCACCUGAAAUGAAUACAGUUGGUGUCCCUAGAAAUGGAUGGACCGCCAUCAGAUUCAUAGCUGAUAAUCCAGGGGUGUGGUUCAUGCACUGCCACUUGGAAAGACAUACUAGCUGGGGUAUGGAUACAGUGCUAAUUGUGAAGAAUGGGACCACCACAGAAACGAGUAUGCGACGGCCCCCACGUCACUUGAAUCCUUGUUGACUUUCUCAGAAUUGAUUCAUAGAGGUGGGAGAUCUUAUAUUUCAAUGUGGCUGAAAUAGAAGCAAAAUAAGGAUAACAUGCAUAUAUAUAUGUAUGUAUGUAUGUAUGUAUGUAUGUCCAAACUUGUUGCGAGGCUUUCUUCCAAAUGUUGUUGAUUCAUGUCAGGGAUGUUUUUAGUAUUUCUGUGUAUCAAAUUUCUACAAGGGUAUCAAUAAUUAAUUAAUGUGUCCAA